AGGCAGCCACCGCGAUUGCUGAGCAGUGGCCGUAGCAGGAUUAGCGGGAUAGCAUUUGUACACGGGCAACCCUGAAAAUGCUUCAUCCGAUCGGUGGUCCGGCGCGAAAAUUGUGGACUCGCUCGCUGAUCGGUUUUGUGGGAGAAAGUCUUUGCAUCAGUGCGUUCUCGUUUGUUUGAUUGGCCCGAACGUUCGGGAUCUUUUCGGUAUUCCGACAUGUCUUACGAGGGCAGGAAGCCGAGCAGUUUCUACUCCUCGACCAACUAUCUGAGCCCACUCGAGCGAAAGCGCCUGCGAGCCAUCGAGAACGAAACGCCAGUGACAGAGAGGACAGAUCAAACAUCCAGCAAGCGCACUUCGAAGAAGAGCGCUCCGAAACGUCGGGAUAACGCCGGAAAAAAACAGCCGCCCGGAAAGCGAAAGCGAAGCGUCUCGGAUUCGUCGAGGGUCACCAGGGCGAAGUCCCGGACUCAAGCCUCGGUCACAGCGCACAAGGCUUCUUCGGCGGCGGCCAAGAAGAAAGCCGUGGUCAUACCGCUGUCGGAGCAGGCUAUACUACCGUCGGCUACUUCGGAGAACCCCGAUACUGAGCCGCCUGCCAAGAAAGUCCGCAAGUUCUUCUCGUCAGGGCUGCGCGCCCCGACGGGCGCCUCCAGCAGCUCGAUGGCAGUGGCCACGGCCGUCUCGUGGGACCCCAAGUUCAAGUUGAAGUUCGAGCCAACCGUCGCACCGCUGAAGAAACCGUCGACCACGGCGGCUUCGCUCAAGUCAUCCAAGAAGGAACUGGUAAUGACCGUGCCGUUCAGGCCGGCCAAGAAAGCGACGGUGGAGACUGUCACUUCCGCAAGGAGCGUCGACCCCGCUUUGCCUGGACCGACGUUCCGUGAACCACCGGUUGAACCCAGGGUGGAUGACGCUGAGCCAGGGAAAAGUGUCAGUGGAAUCGCAAACACAACAGCAAGAAGGACACUGGUGAUGACUGUACCUUUUAGGCAGCCUCGUGUACAGGCAGCGACUGUCGCCUCUGGCUCGAGAGUUGACGUCACUAUGCAAGAACAAGUACCUCGCAAACCGCCGGAGCAAACAAGAGCCGGAAACGUGGAGACGCCAGACAACGAGCACCUCGAAACUAGGGCCGAAACUAGCCGUGCAGAUGUGAGCUCUCUCGGAGUGAAGACAGAUGUCGUGGAAGAAGCAGGGCACGAGUUUUCUCGCGUGUGCGAGCCAUGUGGCAGAAAGGAUGACAACGAUGGGGUUGAAGAACGCCACAGUUCCGCAACGAAAGAUGACUCCCUGUCUUCCACGACUAAUCAUGAACAAUCUAUCGUGCACUUAGAGGCCGAAGUGAAUCAAAGCAAGCCCAUUGUCACUACACCAGCUCGAGACAGUAGCACUCGCAGUUUCAUGUUCCAAGACUGCCGCGGCAGUGCCGACCACUCCCUGCCCUUGAGAGCAUUGUGCACAAAUAUGCCGGACACCACAGAUGGCAGAAAAUUUGGCGACCGUUCCCUGCCUUUGAGAGCAUUGUGCAUAAAUACGCCGGAUAAGGCAGGUGGCAGUAGACUUGCCGAGAGGCCAAGUACGCCACCACCAGACAGCUCUCACAGCCCAAACAGACAGUCUCUUUACCCAAUCUUUUCAACGCCCACUUCAAACUGCAAAACGAGGAUGGAACUGCGCCAAAUACCUGCCUCGCCCAUUGAGGUGCCAAAAAAACGGUUCAUGCCGGGAUCGUCAGACCCAGCGCAGCUCAUAAUCGACGCCGGACAAAAGAAGUUUGGACACACAACCUGUGCUGUGUGUGGUAUGGUGUACACGAUUGGAGAAGUCGAAGACGAAAAGCUGCACACUAAGUACCAUCAGUCCUUCCUGGCAGUUGUGAAGUUUCCGGGCUGGAAGAACCAGCGCGAAGUUGGCCUCUAUCCGGACGGCAAGAUAAUCAUGGUGUCACCAAAUGAUCCCAAGAACAUGCUGAACAAGAUGGACGAGAUACGGCAGAUGGUUGACAGGGAGCUGGGAAUACUGGAGGAUGAGGCAACUCGCCAUGCUCCACAGAUGUACUUUGUGUUCGUGUCGUACUCGAAGAAAGUGCUCGGAUUCCUCUCCGCUCAAGAAAUCAAGCAGGGCUAUAGGGUAAUCCCCAACGAGAACAGCGACGGGAACAACACUUACUGCUGCGAGUGCGACCCAAAGCCAGCCGUUUGUGGAGUCUCACGAAUCUGGACAGCGCCAUUCUACAGGCGAAAGAAGGUGGCCUCGAGGCUGCUGAACCGACUUCGAAUGAACUUUUCCUUUGGCUGCCCGCUCGAGUUGUGCAAGAUUGCCUUCUCGGAUCCAACCCUCAUGGGUCGUGAGCUAGCCGCAGCGUACACAAAGAACGACAGAUUCCUCGUAUUCCGUCCCUGAAUUGCACUUUCAGCCACCUGGUGGUGGCUGGAAGUGCAAUUUAACUUAUUGCCAUGAAUUUUCCUGCAGUGUGAAUGGAUUUGCUAUGAUUUAGACGUGCGCUGCAGUGAAUCACGCGCACAACAUACGAGUGUGCCUCUCAAGUACAUCCUCUCCAGCCAUACCCCCAGGAUGCAAGGAAAUUUUCGGCAUCCUCGUGGCUUCCUCAUUCUGUAAACUCCGCUGACAAACUGUGCGGCACCUUGACACAAGGUAUACCUUACGGUGUUUCAUCUAGUCACUCGUUAAGGCAUGUAACUAUACCAUGCCCAAUUUGCGGUUCCGUGUCUAACAACACCUUCAUAACCGUUAUGACGUAGUUGAUGAGACAUAGAAACGACAAAAUGAGUCUAAUGCCAGGUGUGUGCGCCAAUGUGCAUUGCAUCUCUGCAUUGAGUACUGCCAUUCUGCACACAAGUACUGUAGUAGGUCUAUUCUAGCCCGCUUACGAUACUAAAGAUAUUGCAUCUUGUUGCAAACAGUGUUUGAAAGGUUUAGCAUAGGCUGUCCCUGAUCGACAGUAAUGUUUACUCAUUGAGGGGAGCUGUACGAUGCCGAGCUACACUACAGCAGUGUGACAGAGUUGACGAGCUGUCACAUAAAUGGGUCACAAUUGACUCGAUACUCAUACUAUUGCAGUGCAGCAUGGUCCAAUGCUAAGAGGAACACCUAACGAGUCACAAAGUCAUUAUAACUGGAACAUUUCCUUGCCUUUAUCAGAAGAAAGUGGUUGAUAUAAUCAAGCAGACAUACAUUUAUGCAUAAAAUGCAGUCCUUUAUGCCAUACGUCAGCAAUAAUUUUCCAUUCAACAGUGGACCAUGCUGUACACUUUAUCAUCGGACAAAGUUCACCUGAAACUGCGAAAGUUGUGUUGUCGUUAUUGCCUUCAGCAGUUGAAUAUCUACAAAGGCGGCUUUUUCACUGCAAGUAAUAUUUGAAAGGUUGGUAAUGGUCACAAAGGAUGAUCCUGCAAAAUAUUUUGUUGCCACUAGGGUGAUGUUGACACCCAGGUCCCUGUAGGCUUCUGUAUGCCAGCGGCCUAUUUUUCUUUUCUUUUUUUUUAAUCUAUGUGUACUGGCCAUGUGCAGAACCCUUCAUAACACUUUUUUUUUGCUUUUUAGUAUGAACAAAUAAAAACUAUUUUACAGGAAA